AUGAUCUGGAUACUUCAAGUCUUGUUCUCCCCGCUCCCAACACCAGCAUUGAUUAGUCUUAUUGUAUUUGGAGCUGGCAUCUUCCUGUGGGUGAUAAGCAGGCCAAAACCUGUUUUUCCUCCUGUUGACUUGAACAAGCAGUCAAUAGGAAUUGAGGGAGGAGCCAGAAGAGGUGCACUCUUGACAGAUAACAACCUACUUUCUUAUUACUUUGAAGAUGGUAAAACCUUGUAUGAAGUUUUCCAGAGAGGACUGCAUGCUUCUGGAAAUGGCAACUGUUUAGGCUACCGAAAACCCAACCAACCUUAUCAGUGGCUGACAUAUAAACAGGUUUUGGACAGAGCUCAAUACCUGGGAUCAGGGCUUCUGCAGAAAGGAUGCAAACCAUCAUCAAACCAGUUUAUUGGCAUUUUUGCUCAGAAUAGACCAGAGUGGGUCAUUUCAGAGUAUGCCUGCUACACUUACUCAAUGGUUGCUGUUCCACUCUAUGACACUCUGGGGCCAGAUGCCAUCAUAUAUAUUGUUAAAAAAGCUGACAUAAGCAUAGUGAUCUGUGACAAGCCUGAGAAGGCACAGACCUUGCUCGAGAACUGUGAGCAAGAAAAGACCCCAUGUCUGAAGACUAUCAUUGUCAUGGAUCUCUUUGACAAAGAGCUCAAGGACAGAGGAGCUAAAGUGGGAGUUGAAAUUCUAGCGCUGCAGGAGGUUGAGGAGCUGGGAAGAAACAACAUCAGAGAACCAGUUCCUCCUAAGCCUGAAGAUCUUUGCAUCAUAUGUUUUACCAGUGGAACCACAGGUAACCCUAAGGGAGCCAUGCUGACACAUGAAAAUGUUGUUGCAAAUGCUGCUGCCUUCCUUAGAAGCACAGAGAACACAGUUGAGUUGACAAGUUCAGAUAUCACCAUGUCCUAUCUUCCCUUGGCUCACAUGUUUGAGAGAGUUGUACAGACUGUGGUCUACAGCUGUGGAGCAAAAGUAGGAUUCUUCCAAGGAGACAUUAAGCUUCUAACAGAUGACAUGAAAAACUUGAAGCCAACGCUAUUUCCAGUUGUACCAAGACUGCUCAAUAGAAUAUAUGACAAGAUACAAAGUGCUGCAAAGAGCCCAGUGAAACGUUGCCUGUUAAACUUUGCUGUGAUUAUGAAGAUGGCUGAAAUAAAACAGGGCAUAAUUAGAAAUGACAGCAUUUGGGAUCAGCUAAUCUUCAAAAAAGUUCAGGAAACCAUGGGUGGAAGAGUGCGUAUAAUGGUAACAGGUGCAGCCCCUAUAUCUCCCUCUGUCCUGACAUUUCUUAGAGCAGCAUUGGGCUGUCAGAUCUUUGAAGCUUAUGGCCAGACUGAAUGCUCAGCUGGGUGCACUUUCUCAAUGCCUGGAGAUUGGACAACAGGCCAUGUUGGAGCUCCUUUGGCUUGUAAUAUCAUAAAACUGGAAGAUGUGGAAGAAAUGAACUACUUCUCUUCUAACAAUGAAGGCGAGGUCUGCAUUAAAGGACCAAAUGUGUUCAAGGGUUAUCUGAAAGACCCUGAGAAGACUGCAGAAGCAAUUGAUAAAGAUGGCUGGCUCCACACUGGAGACAUAGGGAAAUGGUUGCCAAAUGGAACAUUGAAGAUCAUUGAUAGGAAGAAGAAUAUAUUUAAACUUGCACAAGGAGAAUACAUUGCUCCAGAGAAGAUAGAAAAUGUCUAUAUCAGAAGUGCUCCUGUAGCCCAGGUCUUCGUACAUGGGGAAAGCCUGAGGUCUUUUCUAAUAGGUAUAGUGGUUCCUGAUCCUGAGACGCUUCCAGAAUUUGCAGCAAAACUGGGAAUAAAAGGUUCCUAUGAAAAUGUCUGCAAAAAUCCAGCAGUGAAGAAAGCUAUUCUAGAAGAUAUGGUCAGAUUGGGGAAAGAAGCUGGCCUUAAAUCCUUUGAACAAGUUAAAGACCUCUACAUCCACACAGAGAUGUUCUCUGUAGAAAAUGGACUCUUGACACCAACACUGAAGGCAAAGCGAGCAGAGCUUGUUAAACUCUUCCAGAAGCAGAUUGAGGCCCUCUAUUCAAGUGUGCAAGAAUAAGUGGCUAA